GAACCUGAUGACAGUAGUAACACAGAGGCUACAAUAUUGUAUUCACAAAAUAAUCCAUAUCUGAAAUUAAACAAGAUAGAAGAAAAUGAAAGACAAAACAAUAAUGAAAAUUUAAAUGAUAAAGCAAAAGUUUUAUCAUCGCCAAGCAGUCAGGUUGGAGUUCAUAAAAAUAUAGAAAACAUCACUAACAGCCAGAGUGAAGAUCAUAUAAGAUUAAAUAUACCAGAAGAAGAAGGAUUUAUGAUAGUAAUAUAUAAAAAGAGAGAUUUGAAAGCAUCAUCAGCGAAGAGCAUGCACAAUAAUAGACCAAACCCAUACAAAAAAGGAUGA